AGGAAUUGCUCGCUCAAGUUUAGGGCGGUUCAACUUUGACAAGCAAUUAUUUUCAAUCCAUUGAUCUUCACAGAAUCCGAGAGUACCCAUGCUUUCUUCUAGUCAAUGGUUUCAUCUCAGUGCUUACAGUUCAUCAAUCGUGCCUCCGAUUCUUUAUCAAUCGAUGAUUUUCUCCUUGGCCGCGGCGUGGUCUUCUUCUCCUGUGAAUUACCACGAAAGUCUUCGUUGUCUUUCUCCGUUUGUCCCUCUUUCUCUAAAGCCCCUCAUCCUCACCUCCACGGCGACCGCGGGCGCCAUCUGCUUCCCCACACGCCUUCCCUUGUCCCCACGGCUGUGCGCCACCACCGGCCAGCCCUGCUGCUGUAGCAGCGAGCCGCGCGCCCCUUAAGCCCUGUGCCGCACCCCCAGCCACCGAGGGCAGGCAUGCCCACGCCACCGGCCUCUGGCCAGCCGGCCCCUGCCCCAGCCCGGUACGACAUCCUUGCACCGCGACCAUGCCCAGCCCAGCGCAGGAGCGCGCGUGUGAAGCCUGCCCUGUGUCCCUCGCGUGGCCCCAGGCGUGGGCCCCACUGGCCAUGGGCCCCACCGCGGCGCGACAACAUGGCCGGUGGCCGGCCAGCCCUCCCCCGGCGAUGCCCUCCCAUGCGGUUACAGUCAACAGGAAGAAGAAAGUUCCUGGACAGAGGGGGCCCACGGAUGGGAAUGGGAUCAGCAUAGAGCCGUGGUGGCGCAGCCCACGAUGCAAUUUCCUCAGUACCCUCCGUAUUUUGUUUCAGUGCUUCCGUUCACUGCUGCAGUUCUUGGGUAGGGUGCCACCAGCUGGGAUCAGCAUGCGGCCAUGGUGGCGCAGUCCACGAUGGCACGAUGCGACCCCCUUACUACCUUGUGCCCGGUGGUGUAGCGGUGGCACAGCCAAUGCCAUACCAGCCGACAUAGUUGCAGCAUCGGUAUCAGAUCUUAGAGGGUGUGCAGCAUCAGCGGUAACAGAUCCUGGGGGCUGCAGACCAGCAGGCUCAGCUCCAGCAUCAACAACAGCUCUGGGAGGUUACACAGCAGGAGUCUCAGUUCCACCACCACCACCAGCAGCAGAGGGCUGACGGGGUUCCACAAUUGAUCAUCAACAAUAUCUAGCAGGACAUGAUGACGGAGAUGUGUGCACUGAUUGGCACACUACUGGAUGCAGCUGCAGAGGAAGGAUCAGACAAACAAUUGCGCUACAUUGGACUGGACUCCGAAUUCUGUGUGCCCGAUGGCGUAACUGGAGAGCCUUUGGAGCCCAGCACAUCUGACGCACACUAUAGGCAAGUCCUGGCAUAUGUGAAUGGAGGUAAUCUGGUUCAGCUUGGACUGGUGUUUGUAGAUGCUCGAUUCAACAUCAUCGGAGGGCGAGCUUUUUAGUUCAAUUAGGGAUGGUAACGGGUCGGGUCGGGUCGGAUAUUGGAAAUAUCCGCCCGUAGUCAAAUCCACAGUCAUAGACAAUAUCCGCCCGCGACUAUACCUGCGGGUAGAAAUUCAUAUCUAUAUCCAUGUCCAUCGGGUUUUGGAUAUCCAUUAGAUAUCUAUCGGAUAUGAAAAAGAACCAUUUUCAGCAAUUGAAUAACAUAAUUAAUCAAAUUUCUUCCCAAUUCAACAUCAUACACAACUUAAAAUUUAAUAAAAAAUUUAAAGAAAUAUACAUGUCCUUCAACAAGCAACAUUCUUAACAUGACAAAAAUACAUGUCUACAUGUCUCAACAUGAAAACAAAUAGAUGACAACAAAUACAUGUCUACUUUUGGUCUUCAACCUUUUGCCUUCUGAUUCUGAUCCGAGUGUAGUGUUGAGCACUUGAGCUAGCGCUAUAGUAGCUAUGUUUGAAUUUUUUUAGUCAAUGAUAGUAGAAUCAUGUUCAUCCUGGCAAACAACAAAAUAGCUAAAUGGUUAAAUCAAUGAUCAGAUUCGAUAAAUGGUUAAAUCAAUGUUCAUCCUGGUGGAAUCAUGAUCAUGUUCAUCCCGUGGGCGUCAUGCUCCUGCUGG